AUGUUCACCCGAGGAAUCUUCAGAUGUGCCUUUUUCGUAGACAAUCCAACAAGUGUCUUAGAGUGGCACCGGAGACACGCGAUAGCCAUCGGAACGGCAAAAGGUCUGCGCUUUCUACACGAAGAGUGCCGCGGAGGCCCGAUAAUCCAUCGCGACGUGCGACCUAGUAACAUAUUGCUCACGCACGAGUUCGUGCCCAUGCUAGGAGACUUUCGCCUAGCUAAGUGGAAAACAAGUGAUGAUCCAGAGCACACCAGGAUUCUUGGAACUUUAGGGUACUUGGCACUAGAAUAUGCAGAGAAUGGUACGGUUUCGAUAAGAACAGAUGUGUAUGCAUUUGGGAUGGUUCUCUUAGAACUCAUAUCCGGGCGCAAGGUAGUUGACCCUAAGAGGGACGAGCCAUAUCAGUCUCUGAGACAGUGGGCGGAGCCACUCCUCGAUAAUAUUUAA